AUGGUAUAUGCUUUUAACACCAGGAAUGAGAGGAAAGAGUUGUGGAGCUAUUUGAGUAGCUUGAGUAGAGGUUGGCAGAUUCCAUGGAUAAUAAUUGGUGACUUCAACUCUGUUUUGAGAAUAGAUGAUAGAAUUAGGGGCAAUCCAAUAACUAUGAGUGAGAUAGUUGACUUUAGUGAAUGUGCAGAAGAGCGUGAAUUCAUAGAACUACCCCAGCAUGGGAGCAGAUACACUUCGAAUGAUAGACAUGGGGAAACGAGGGUGGACUCAAAAAUUGACUGGGCAUUUGUCAAUAGACAGUGGUUGGACAACAUGCCAGCAUACAUAGACAAUUUUCUACUAGAAGGAUACAAGAUGUAUCAAAUUGUGUAUAAGCUAAAACAGUUAAAGAAGAGCUUGCAGGAAUUAAAUAGACAACACUUCAGGAAUAUACUGACUGAAGCAAAUGAAGAUAGAGAGGCUUUGGAGAAAAUUCAGAAAGAGUUGCAAUUGAAGCCAGGAGAGGCACGUCUGCAGGCACAAGAGAAGGAAAAUUACCAGAAGUUCAGAAGGAGUUCUUACCUAGCUGAGAUAUUUUUACUGCAAAGAAGUAAAGGUAAGUGGAUCAAGCUGGGUGAUGAUAAUACUAGAUACUUCUUUUCUGUGAUCAAACACAGGAAGCUUCAGCAAGCUAUUACACAGCUGAAGAAUAAAGAUGGGCAGUUGCAAACUGAACCUGACUCUAUAGCUCAGAUCUUGGUGGAUUUCUAUCAGGAUAUGCUAGGUAGGAAAUCAAAUCACAGAGUUAAAACAUUUAAGAGUAUCUUGCACAAUGGGAAAAGGUUGACAUUAUAG